AUAUACAAAACAAAACAAACAGAAUUCACAAGGAUAGCUAGAUUUCAAAAUAAUUACACAGCCUACCUCUUCACACUCUCUACUUUCGUUUUUAGCAAACCCUUCUAUGAGUUGUUGUCUUCAUCUAUCAACUCUUUUUGCACGUAAAGAAUUACAAAUGAUUUGGUUUUGUUGUUAAACAAAUGUCCAUUGCUUAAGUCUGGCAUGUUAUAUAUCCAAGUGUCGAUUGCCUAGAGGCAAGAGCUGUUACAGUCAUUGUUUGUAUGUGUUCGAUAGGGAUUACUAUAUAUGUUGGGAUCAAAAUAGUUUAUUUCCCAAAGUUAAGUGUCGUGCUUUUUGCUUGAUAGCACACCAAGUACACAGAGAUGUAAGAAUGAGGUAUUAAGCUAUUCUUAAUGGUGCACCAUAUACAGAACUACAGCUGUCAAUGCAGUCUGAUGUUGUUCUAACUUCUUCAUCUAAGUUUCUUAAAUUUCAAAAGUAAAAUCUUAAAACAGUAUACUCACUUUUUUCUUGUAAUUGGUGUAAUUAGUAUAAUUAUUCUCGAGUUUAAGCAGGAAAAAAACGCCUAGAACGUGCGAAGUGCAUCCACCUUUUCUUCUUAAGAAGAAGACCGAGUCGCAGUUAUUCUUAUAAUUCAAUCAUCUUCUCAUCACCAAUUAAAGAGAUACAUAGUAAGAACCAGAGAUGGACUUUGUGCAGAGAAAAGUGAACAAUUUAGGAAGUAAAGUUGCUACUUUCCCGUAUAUUGAAACUAUUGGAAGAGCUCUCUUUUCCUCUUCCUUCUUCUUCUCUGCUUGGCAUGAUUACAUGGAGCUCAACUCCAAUUGGGAAGGAGCACAGGAUUACUGGAGACCGAAGUUCGGAUAUUCAGGAGACCAGAUUAAGCAUCUUAUGGCUAUUAGUAUCAUAGUGAAGACGCUUGGUGGACUUGUCUUCAUCUAUGGCAGCUUCUUUGGAGCUUUCCUCUUGCUUCUACACCAAUUCAUUGUUACAAUGAUCCAUCACGAUUUCUAUAGUCAUCGUGUCGACAUUGAACAAUUUGGACUCCUUUAUCUCAAAUUCAAAAGGAUCUUGAAUGAAACUGUGUCUUACGACACCGUAAACAAUUUCUACAAGUCAAACUUUGACGAGCAGCAUGUUGAGAAUGUCAUAUCAAAAUUCCGUGAGCUUACGGAUCAGGCAGCUACAAACUCUUCGUUGUUUGGACAUGCCGAGUUUGUUCAGCAUCUCUUAAGCUUCAUCAAAGGAUUGGCCGUAGUAGGGGCAUUGCUCUUUUUCUUGACAAUGAAACACAAACUCAACAAAGCUAAAAAAGAAUCCAAAGUAAAAACUGACUAAAACUAAGCCCACUUUCUUUUGUUUUCGAAACACAAGCCCACUUUCUAAUAUUACUUUUCGUUAAAGAUUUCAUUUGAUUCCCUUUGUCUUUAUGUUUUAGAUCUAAACAUGGAAUCAUUUUUUGCCUAAUGAACAAACACUAUCUAUCUCU